UUGAUCACAGACAGAUGGCUGAAAGUGGAAAAGAAAAAAUAAAAUGGACAACCACCAUUAUUAUUAGCUCAUCUCUUAAGGGUUACGAAGUUGCAACUGCCCUAGAAAAUCGAAGCCACAAAGUUCGAUAUUCAGAUUCAGUGGAAAAUGGAUCAAUUAUAUUUUCUCUUUCUGGAGUUGCAUUUUUAUUAAUGGAUACUAAGGAAUGUCUUCUGUCAACUGAAGAAAUAUUUCUAGCCAAAAUUGAGAAAUUUAUUAACAUUCACCAAAAUAGUUUUUUGGUUUUGUCUGCUGCCCUCCAUGGGCCUGAAGAAUGGAAACUGAUGUUCAGGAUUCAGCAGAGAUUCCUGGGUUGUAACUUACGAAUACUUCCAGUACAUAACACAGUAAAUGCUAUUAAUCUUAUGUGCACUAUAGCAAAGACUACCUCCAAACCAUACAUAGAUAGCAUUUGCUACAGAAUGAUAACAGCUAAAGCUUACAUCAUUGAGCAAAGUCCUGUUUGGAAAACACUUCAGAAGAUAAAACUGAAUAGUGAUUCAGUUAACCCAAAUUAG